GUCGCUGCCACCAUGCGCGGCGUUAUCAACUUCCUUUCUCAGUAUGCCGCCGGCUUGGCUGCAUCCCUGCUCUUUCCAGGCUACCCUACGUCUGAGCUCAAUGCUGCCUUCAUGUACCGGGAGGCCAUUGUACCCUUGACCAUCGACGCUGAAAUCAAGAUUCUCAACAUCACCGAACCUAAAGAUCAGUAUGAGCUGACUGGCCUAUUUAGCAACUUUUACAACGUCUCGCAAAGCGCUGUUGUCGGCGCGCAAAAUAUCACUACCACAUACGAUAUCGCCACUUUCCUCUACGUGCCGAACAGCUUCCAACAAAAUGGAACAGUCGAACUCCUCUUACACGGUCUGGAUGCUGAUCAUCGUUACUGGGAUUUCGGCGGCCGGGGCUCUAAAUACAACUAUGUCGACGCUGCUUUGGCAUCUGGCCAUGCAGUCCUUCUCUACGAUAGACUGGGAGUUGGAAAGUCCGCUAAGCCCAGCGGUCUCGAAGUUCAGCUAGCAACCGACGUCGCCGUAGCCGCAGGGUUAGUAGAUCAUCUACGCAAAGGUGUCUCCGGUUACUCCUUCGGGUCCGUCGUCGCCGUCGCACACUCGUUCGGCUCAUCCACUCUGAACAACCUCCUUGCCCAGAAAGGAGACCUCGUCGACGCUGCUAUCAUAACUGGAUUCACCCCUUUCCUCGCUGGGAUGGGAUUCGCACCGUACGGCCUCAACCCCCAAGUCGCCUCCCUCUUCGACCCCAAAUCUUUCGGGAGCCUGGACCACUACUACGUCAUCUCCGGGAAUAAGUGGACGGACAUGAUGGCGUUCUUCUCCUACACAGGCUUCGAAAAGGACGUCUUCGAGGCGUAUUUUGCUGGGCGCGGGACCGAGACGCUGGGCGAGCUGCUUACCCUUGCCGUCACCGAGGCGCCUGCGUACACUGGCCCCAUCCUCAUCAUCAACCCCGACCACGAUCUGACGUUCUGUAAUGGCAAUUGUCACCAGCCGCUGAACGGGAAGAAGGAUCUGAACGAGGCUACGCUGGAGCUGUUCCCGAACAGACGGAGGGGCGACACGCACAUGGUCGGGAACACGGGGCAUAUCAUGAACAUGCACCUGAGUGCGCCUGGGGGAUAUGAAGUGAUGCAAAAGUGGAUCGCGGAAGUGCUUGCGUGAGUAGGAUAGGACGCGUAGCACAAAUUCCGCAUGUAUCCUCCGUGACAGGUAGCAAAUUCCCUCAUUGCUACUGACUCGUGUAUGCCUCGUGCUUUUUCGCGGAUCCGUUCGAUUUUGCCUGUGGUGGGUCCAUACGCCGGCAACUGUAUUGAAUCGCCUGAGGAUGUACUUCCACUCUGCAAUACUCGUUGUAAGAAUAUUGUGUCGGCGUACUGCGAUUUACUACUCAUGAUACAAUUCUAUUGAC